AUUACUAAACAUUAUUUUGCACACCUCAAUGUUGUAUAUAAUAGUAGCAUAGUUUUUAUCAUCUCUUCUCGGGUACUAACAUUAUUUUACAGAAUUGAUGAUAUUGAAGACAAUUCAAUACUUCGCAGAGGCGUUCCUGUAGCACAUUCGAUAUAUGGAGUUGCCAGCACAAUAAACGCAGCAAAUUAUGUACUAUUUCUAACAUUGGAAAAAAUACAGCAACUAGGACAUCCUGAAGCAAAUCAAGUUUACACUGAACAGUUGUUAGAGUUACAUCGUGGUCAGGGCAUGGAAAUAUAUUGGCGGGAUAGCUUUAUUUGUCCAUCGGAAUCUGACUAUAAGUUGAUGACUGUACGUAAGACGGGCGGUUUAUUUAUGUUGGCAAUUCGUUUAAUGCAAUUGUUCAGUGAUAAUAAAGAAGAUUUUACAAAGUUAACAGCAAUAUUGGGUUUAUACUUCCAAAUACGUGAUGAUUAUUGUAAUCUAAUCUCCAAAGAAUACAGUGAAAACAAAAGUUUUGCUGAAGAUUUGACAGAGGGUAAAUUUGGUUUUCCAGUAAUACAUGCCGUGAGAUCGCAAAAACGUGACAAACAAGUUCUGCAUAUACUACGGCAGCGGACACAUGAUGUUGAGGUUAAAAAGUAUUGCAUUAGUUUGCUUGAAAAACUUGGAAGCUUUAAAUAUACACGUGAGGUACUGGCAUCUUUAGAUAAAGAAGCCAAAGCGGAAGUUGCUCGUUUGGGUGAAAAUCCUUAUAUGGAGGUCUUAUUGGAUAAGUUAAAUUCAUGGAGAACAAUUGAUAAUCAUGUUGACAAUAUAAACGAUGAUCUGCAGCAAAAUAAUCAUAACUGCAAUUAACAACCAAAGAGGCAAAAGAGGGAAUUUUGAAUAAAUGUAGAUUCAACCUCUUUUGCUGUUAAAAAUGAGACAAAUUUUAAAAAUAUUUUCCAAAAACUUAAAAUAUUUUAAUUAUACUUAAUAAUAUGGGAAUAUAAUUUUCAAUAUUUUUGGUAGAAAGAAUAUGCAAUGCGCUAACACAUUAACACUUAAACUUUGCACUUAGUUCAACCGGUGUGGACAGUUAAAUUUACACUUUAAAAAGCCAAGCUUUAGUAAAUAAUUUUUUAAUAUCUAUGAAUUUAUUAAUAUAUUAUGUUAAAAGGGUUUUUUUUUGUUAUAUUCAAAAACGAUAAUGAUUAAGAGUUAUGUGUCAAUUCGAAAAUCGGAUUCGGACUGAAUUGUAAUCAACUUUGAUAUAUGUGUAUUAAAUAUUAUUGUAUUGAGU